AUGUGUCUCUACACCGCCUUCAGUGAUACUGCCGUCGGGGCUUUGCUCGCUCAAGAGAACGACGAGGGAAUCGAACGUCCCAUAUACUACUUCUGCCGAAUAUUAAGAGAUGCUGAACUCAGAUAUCCCAAGAAGGAGAAAGAAUGUUUAUCUCUAAUCCAUUCAAUUCAGAAGUUUAGGCAUUACCUACUGUCCAACAAGGUGGUACUCGUAUCUAAAUCUGAUCCUGCAAAGUUUUUACUUUCAAAACCAGUCCUGACGGGAAGGACAUCCAAGUGGCUUCUCCAAAUGUCAGAGCUGGACAUAACAUGUGCAUUGCCUAGAGCUAUCAAGGGGCAAGCAGUCGCAGACUUACUAGCAGCAUUCCCUGGAGAAGGCACCACAGGGCUACACGAGGAUCUUCUUGGAGAAUUUCCAGACAUCUCUGUUGUCGAGGAAGAAGUGUGGUUGUUGUAUUUUGACGUCUCCUCCACCCCUAGCAAUAACAUCGGAGGAGCGGGCGUGGUCUUAGUAUCCCCAACUGGGGAAGUAUUCUCACACUCCUUCAAGCUGGACUUCCAAUGCACCAACAACUCAGCGGAGUAUAAAGCCUUCCUCAUAGUGUUGUCAAUAUCCAAGCAAGCAGGAGUCACACGUCUGGAGAUAAGAGGUGACUCCAAGUUACUGGUGAACCAGAUGAAUGGAGUAUACGCAUUGAAGGAAGUAAUAAUAGCUCCAUACAUGUCAGAAGCAAAAAGGUUACUAAACUACUUUGCCGAUGCAACCAUAAUCCAUGUUGGUCGCAGAAACAACAAACACGUCGAUUGUCUAGCCACAGUGGCGUCCAAAUUGAAGUUCGAAGGUUUAGAAGAAACCCUGACAGUAAAGAGGAGAACCAUAGAAUCAACAUGGCUGUCAAAAUACAAAGACACCAAGAUUUGCGAUUGGCGAACUCCGAUCAUUCAGGAGCUCAACAACUCACUUUUCCAAGGAAAGGUCAAUCUCAAAACCCUGCAGAACUUCUUCAUGCUUCAUGGUAUGUUAUAUCAUCGAAACCCGCAUGGUUCCCUAUCGAGAUGUCUUGGGGAUGAUGAAGCACAACUACAGCUUAACCACGUUCACAAUGAAAUUUGUGGACAAUCACUGGUGGUAACGCUUUACCGACGACUUCAACUCCUGGGCUAUUACUGGCCAGAGAUGGAGGCUCAAUCCCGACUGCUUCAGAAGUCCUGCUCAAAUUGUCAAGCACCGCCACACCAAUUGGAGGUUUUUAGUGUGGACCACACUGGGGACUGGAGAGAGCCGUACAUUAGCUAUCUCCGCGACGGGGCAACUCCUGCUAGUCAAAAGGAUGCUGUAAAGAUAAAGCAAAAGGCCAAGCGGUUCAUAUUCCACGCAGGGAUCUUAUACCGCAAGAGCUUCGGAGGUGAUCUAUUGAGUUGGGUACUGGACAUUAUCAGAAAAAUCAAUCCGCCAUCAUCGAAGCAGCAUGAAUAUAUCAUAACCGCAACAGAAUACUUCACUAAAUGGGUGGAGGCCAUUCCUCUGCGAGGAACUACAAAAGCAACAAUUGCGGCUUUCAUUAAAGAGUAUAUCAUUUGCCGUUUUUGUGUGCCUAAGCACAUUAUCACUGAUAAUGGCACUCCCUUCGUCAACAAACAGGUACGAGAGUUACCUGAAGAAUUUGGAAUUAAGCAGGUCUUCUCCACUGUCUACUACCCUCAAGGAAACAGACAAGCUGAGAGUACCAACAAGACGUUGAUCCGGAUUAUCAGUCGAACAAAUCUUUACAUGGAUCGUGUUUAUUCUCAUGGUGCAAACUACACCAAAAAAACACAGCUUCCCAGUGUCUAUGAGAACAUGACUGGUAGAUCUAAGUCCGGAAGGUGGAGACCUAUCUCAGUAAAUCCUCUAGAACCAAUCUCUAGAGGUCCUAGACUUAGUUAUCAAAAAGAUCAAUUUGAUGGACUCUCAAAAAGGGCCGUAAAAACUUGCUAUGGAGUUGAAAACAGUCAAAAAGAGGUUGAGAUUUAUGUUUAUUAUUCUCUCUGUAUCUAA